GGAAAAAAAUAACUGACAAUAUAGAAACAAAAUAAAUCAAAAAAAGGAUCAGAAUUCAUUACAAAGGACUUUUUGGUUUGGUUUUUUGGCAACUCUUUGAUUGUCAAAAAGAAACCAAACCCUAAUUUCUAUUUCACAUUUUUUCUUAAAGAUUUCGAAACGCACCUCCUCUCUCGUCCCUCAUCGCCCUCAAUCUCACCGGAUCUAACAUCUCCGAUCAAAAUCAUCCCAGAUGUCUAACGUAGCCAAGACCAAAUCAAGAGACAAGAAGGUUGUUGUUGUGAAUGAUUCACACAAGACAACACCUACUAAAGCCUCCUCCAUAGGCGGUGCUUACAAUCCUCUCUUAGUUGAGUCCUCCUCCUCCUCAUCUCUCCACACCACCGGCCGUUUCAGAAGCAUUGAUGAGUCUGACGACUGUGAUUCCGUCUCCAACAACGGUAGCUGGUCUGGAGACUCCGAAGACCACAAAGAGAAAACAACAGCAGCACCACCUUCAGCAAAGCAGGAAGCCACCAUUGACAACGAGAAGAGGGAGAAGAUGCGGCUCAAGAACGAGAGGAAGCACCAGCGUCAGAAGGAGAAGCGAGCUCAGGAGCUUCACGAGCGGUGCUGUCAGUUCCUCAUGUCGAGGAAGCUCGAGGUGCUUACUCAGAAGAUUAUAGCUAUGGAGAUUCCUCAUCACGAGAAGGCGACUUACGCUCUUAUGCUGAACGAAGGGAAGCUGGAGGAGUCUGUUAACUGGCUGCUCGAUGUCGGCGGGGCGAGUGUUGAGGAUAAGAAGCUGGAUCCUAGCUUUGGGAGCUUGAAGAUUGACAUCUCGGAGGAGUUAGGUAGAAUCUUGGAGUUGGAGGCGAAGUAUAAGUGGAGCAAGCAGGAUGUGGAGAGGGCUGUGGUUACUGCGGAAGGGGAUGUUGAGAGAGCGGAGGAGUCGUUGAGGAGACAGAAGCAAGACCAUUCUGUAAAAGUAGAGGAUGUUAGUAGUAAUAAUAGCAAAGUCCCUGAAGAAGAGAGAAAGAAUGUAAACCAAAGUGUUAAUCCAAUGGAUAAGAUUAACAUGAAUUUGCAGUUGAUGAAGAAUGCUGCAAUGGAGGAGAAGAAACGCAUGUCAAAUCAACAGCCGCCGCCGCCUAGGCCAAUGGAAGAAACGCAUCAUGUGACGGUGGCUAUAGGGAGAGAACCAGUAAUGGUGAUGCAGCAACAACAACGCUCUCAGUCAGCUAACACAAAUGUGCCACCUGUCUCUACUAUGAAUCCAUCCUUUACAGUAUCAGCAGGAGGUGGAGGAGGAGGAGGAGGAGGAGGGAGUGGUUGGUACCCUGCUAAUGGUCAAACUAACGGCUAUUUACCCGUAAGAACUCCGCCUCCUAGUGAUCUGAACUCUAACCUGAUGUACCAGUAUCAGCAAUAUCAAGGUAACAACGGACACAUAAUGGGAAGGCCAAGUGAACAGCCCCAUGCCGUGGCUCCAGCUGCUUCUCUUGGGCUCUUCUCCGGGUAUGGAUCAGCGUCUUCAUCAGGGAUAGACUGGAGCGCUGAUGGGUCAGUAGGGAAAUAUGAUUACAGCAAAAUCGAUUGGAGUUUAGACAGAGGGCUAGCGUGUCCUAGACAAGAGGAACAACAACAGUAUGUUGCUGAGGCUUCACAGUAUGAAGCAGACAUGAGUGGAAGGACGAGAAUGAAUGGGAAUGGGAUGGGAGUGCAGGAAGUUGCUUUAGUGGGGAACGGUGGGAGGGAGUGGACAUCACCGUUUGAGGGUAAAGAUCUGUUUGGUUUGUCUAGACAGUAUGUGCCUCCUUCUCUUUGAAGGUGAAUGUUUGCUUUCUAGAAUAAUAAAAAAAAAAAUGCAAGGGGAGAGAGUGAGAGAGAGAGAGAGAUAAUGGAUGGAUGGUAUGAGUUUGUGGUUACUAGUUUUUUUAUCAAGUGCUUUCUUGCUUGUUUGCUCAAAAUUGGAUCUUUCAAAUUUACUAAUGUUUUUAUCCCCAACAUAUCUAAACAUGGAGUGCUAUUAAAAGGUGAUUUUAAAGAACUUACACCAUUGACUUGUGAAUAUAUCCUCUAGUAGGUGAAGUGUAAGAAAAAAGACACGUUCUUGAUUCCUCAGCUUCUAUGUUGCAAACAUCGUAACGAGUCGUAAGCAAGUAAACAUCUAUCAAUGCGUUCUACAACUCGUGGUUACUAUUAAGGUCCCAACCUCUGUUACUUGUUCUUAUUAUUUUCUUUCUUGUUUGAACAUGCAACAGAAUUUGAGUUUGUAUGGGCUUGAAAAUGGUCCAUAAAGAUGGAGAGAUGGGCCUUUCUUCUUUCUUGCAUAUUUAGAUACGAAUUUUCUGGUUGGUUGGACUUUCACAUUAUGAAAUCACCAAUUAGGGUUUGCAUAUUAUUAUUUACUUAGACAUGAGAAUUUUCAUUUUAAAAAGUAAAAUGGUUCAUAAAUGAGCGAUAAAAAAUAAUAGAACUAAAGAGAACCAAAUAUAUAUAAGAAUUUGGUUAAAAAAGACUUAAACGAAAUAAGUAAAGAUGAAAAGAGUAAAUAUAAUUAGUGAGAAUCCCAUUGAAAUAAAGAAGGUAUAUUACAUUGUCAAAUAUCGGAAGAUUUCUUUUGUAACUUUUCAAUCUUUUGAAAUUGGUGGAUUAAUAUGUAUCCAGAAACUUUAUCACAUUGUUAUCAUUUAAUGUUUGAUAAAGUGAACUUGAUUUAUCAGUUACAUACUUUUCCAUUUGAGUAUCUCCAAAAUACUAUUCAAGAUUAUUAUUAUAUGUAGAUUUUCUUUUAUUAGCAUUUAGUUUCUUUAAUACAUUUAUCCUCAAUCGAUAUGAAUAUAAUUCGAGUAGUUAAAGAUGACAUUAAAUAACUUUUAACUGAAUUAAGUACUUUUGGUAAAACUCUGCCAUUAUAUAUAAAUGAUGAUCUUCUCUUUUAAGCCUCACAAUUUUUAGGAUCGAUCAAUAUUCAGUAUACUAAUCACUAAACUGAAGGAGGAAAAUAAAUCUAACAUGGCUAAGGCAGCUUUUUCACUUGUGUUCCCCAUCAUCUUCCUUGUUAUGCUUGGUUUAGUUGAGCAGAGUAUGAGUUGUGAAGCGACUUUUUGGGCUUGUGGUGAUCACUGCAGAUCAAAAUGCAGAGCUACCUUUGGACCAAAUACAACAGCACAUUGUCUGAAACAAACUAAUCAAUGUAUUUGUACUUUUCCUUGUCCGGUUGAUAAGACUCAUAUUUGACUUUUAAGAGUAUUUCCAUAUGUUUAAAAAAAAUAUGCAAGCAGAAAUCCAGUCUUUAACAAUAAAUAUUUUAAUGUUGUCAAAAAAAUAUGUUAAUAACAUUUUCAAUUAAA